AUGAGUUUGUUAGAUCUGGAGAAGCACUUCGCCUUCUAUGGCGCCUACCACAGCAACCCGACCAACGUGGCCAUCCACAUCCUCUUCGUCUGGCCCAUCCUCUUCACCGCCCAAAUGAUCCUCUACUUCACCCCCACCCUUCUCUCCCUAGGGUUCCUUCCCCCAGUCCUGGUUCUCAAUUGGGGCUUCUUCGCUACCCUCUUCUACGCCCUCUUCUACAUCGCGUUGGAUAUAAAAGCUGGUUCUUUCACUGCUUUUCUCGCUUUCUUCUGCUGGGUCGCUUCCAGUUUUGUCGCCAACACCCUCGGCUUUUCACUAGCCUGGAAGGUGGUUUUGGCUGCUCAGUUGUUUUGUUGGACUGGACAAUUCAUUGGUCAUGGUGUGUUUGAGAAACGUGCACCAGCUCUGUUGGACAACCUUGCCCAAGCAUUUCUGAUGGCUCCUUUCUUCGUGGUGCUUGAGGUCUUUCAAUCUAGUUUUGGAUAUGAGCCAUAUCCAGGAUUCAAAGCCAGGGUGAAGGCAAGGAUAGAUUCUGAUAUCAAACAAUGGAAAGAUAAGAAACAUUCUUAG